GUCUGAUACUAAAAAUAUUACUUGUUUACUUGUUUGAACAGAGUACUGUGGCAAUCUAGUUUAACCUAUUUACGUAUUUGUUUAUUCCCCACUGAAGAGCAACAGUACCAUAUUUCUAUGUCAACCACGAUUUUAAAAUCCGGAACUUGAAAAACUGGUAUCGCUCUAAUCUGAAGUAGCAAUCGAAUAGGAUGUCGGUAGCUCGGAGUAAAGUUUUACUCUGUAAAGCCAAGGCGCAAGGAGAAUCAGCGGAAGGGGAGAAAAGCUAUGCAACGGUUCUCGAAUCAGCAGGAUUUUCAUGCACGCAACUAUCCGUUUUACGAUUCGAAUUUAGCAAUCUUGAGGAGCUGCGGGUUCUCCUUGUUCAAAAUUUGCACUCAGGUUUGAUUCUCACGAGUCCUCGCAGCGCAGAAGCUGUGAAACUUUCUCUCGAACAGGGAGAAGCGGGGUCAGAGUCGAUCUUUAGUAAUAUUUGGAAAAAUCUGCCCAUCUACUGCGUAGGUGCAGCGACUGAACAAGUGGCUAGAAACAUUCUCGGCUUACAAAGUUGUUGUGGUUCUGAAACCGGUAAUGCCGAAGAGCUGGCCAAGUUCAUAAUAAACGAAAUGCAAUCUGCAAGGAAUAAUGCUGAAGUGAGGCCACUUUUGUACCCCUGCAGUGCUAUUGCAAGAGAUACCAUUACGACUACACUCGAAGCUGCUCGUAUACCUUUGCAGAAAUUAACUGUCUACAAAACUCUACCCAGCAAAACGUUAGAAACAGAUUUAAGCGAUAUCUUUGGCCAUUCGCUACCAGAGUAUCUAGUUUUUUUCAGUCCCUCUGCUGUGAGGUAUGUUACAAACGUUAUCAAGCGAAACAGACAGGAAAAAUCAAUGGAAGAAAUCAAAUUUGUAGCUAUUGGUCCUGUGACUGAACAAGCUCUUGUCGAUGCUGGCUUAAAAGUAUCCGCAACUUCUCGCCAACCUGAUCCUGUUGCGUUAUCAAAUGCGCUUCGGAAUAUGUUGGUUACAAGUUGACUAGGAGAGCUGUGGUUCUAAUUUUCUUGUACUUUAAUGAACUACAGGAAGUUCUACAAAGACCACAUUUUUUAUUCUGACGAACGCUCAUCCACUAAAAUUAUCUCAUGUAAAUAGAAUUCUCUAUGAUUAUUGGCACGCAGAGUGGGUAAUUUAAUAAGUUAUUGAUUUCUUAAGGUGUAUAUUGGUAAUAUAGGUAUAUCGGCAGGUUGUCUACAAGUUUAUUCGAAUCACAAUCAUCCACAUAUUCUAAAACAGUGCUGUAAUAUACAGCAAAAUUCAGACGUAAUAAU